GCCGCGGCGGAAGUGCCGGUGGGAAACGCGGCGGGAGCGGAGCGGGCCGGGCCGGGCCGGCGGCCAUGGGACGCCGCAAGUCCAAGCGGAAGCCGCCGCCCAAAAAGAAGGUGACGGGGACGCUGGAGACGCAGUUCACCUGCCCGUUCUGCAACCACGAGAAGUCCUGCGACGUCAAGAUGGACCGUGCCCGCAACACGGGGGUGAUCUCCUGCACCGUCUGCCUGGAGGAGUUCCAGACACCCAUCACCUACCUGUCAGAGCCGGUGGAUGUCUACAGUGACUGGAUCGACGCCUGCGAAGCUGCCAACCAGUAGUGGCUGGGGCAGCCCCUGCAGCGCAGCCCCAGAGCCCUGAGGGGGUACCUGCCCCGAGACCCGAGGCGGGGGGGGGUGUCACGUCCCUCCUGCCCCUCUCCGGUGUUUUCUUUAUGCUGCCUGCCUUCCUGUCCCUGGGCACGGGGGCUCCAGCUCACGCAGGCACCCAGGACCCAUCACCCCCCCGCCUCUGGGGAUGGGACCCCUGCCCUUGGGCCAGGUCUGGGGUUGGGGGCUCACCCGGCCCUGUUGGGACUCGUCCCCACCCCAGGCGCUUAAUUGCUGCUCGCCAGCAAGCUGCAGGGACUGUGCAGGAGCGGGUCCGUGGGGAUACGGGGCCGGGGGCUGGGUGCACGGGCGAUGUGUUUCGGCAGAGCCACCCUUGAAUAAACAUCCUUGUGGGGCUGGG